GCUGGGAUUAGUCAAUAGAUGAUUGCACACCACGUGGUUUAAACUAUUUCUGGAUUUGUGAAGCCACAUCAGGAUCCAAGUCAUCUUGCUUCGCCGGUCAACUCUUCGUUCGCAUACACCAUUAAGGGAUCCAAGCAAUCUUGGUUCACGGGUCAACUCUUCGUCCCGGACGCCAUUACUGGGUAAAAUCCUGUUGAUUAGGAUACUUCAUUCGGCUAUAAGUAGUUAAGUACCCAAGUAGUGUCUUGAGUUCGUCGUCCUGAGGAAGAUGACUGACCUUGCGGCGCCGAUGAAUAUGAAUAUGAAGAGGAAGGAUGUUGAGGUGGUGGCCGGCCAUGGCUUCUCCAUCUUCCUUGAUCCUAAUAGGAUCAAACUACAGCUGCUGCCUCCAUAUGGCAUGGAUGGCAUGAUUCUCGACAUGAUGGAAGAUGACGAUCCACCGGCACGUGCUCUAACUCCUACUGCUAGUGCACCAACCAUUGUCCAUGACAAGGUGAACAUUGUAUCUGGGGGCAAAUCUUCAGAGCCAUCACUCAAGUUCAGUGAAGAACAGGAUACUGCUGCAGCGACACCGAUGGACGUCGAGGCAGAAGCCCAGCAACACCAGCCAUGCCGGAAUGCUCCUUUCUUUUCGGGUUUCUUCUGAUUUCCCGAGUGGCACUCUACUGAAUUACUAAACAGUAUAACAGGGCGAGCUGGGAGCCUUCACAAAGCUUUGGCGUUGCUAGCCGUACGAUCGCCUGCCUGGAUAUCUCUUGGGCUGUUGCUCCACGGAACUAUCUACUUCACCUGUGGUUGAUUGGGCCUGGAUUGUUUCUUGGGCCGGUGGACUAGCUUAAGCAGACAAAGUGUAUAUGAAACACAAACGUAAGUAGCUGUUUCCUAAAUUUUGCUAAAAAAAGUUGUUUCUCAAAUAAAAAAUUACGUAGCUGCGUGUGAGCGGGGCAUUAUCUUCUGCCUUUGAUAGUAAUGUUGAGGCUCACAAUCUUGUGAAAGUCGUGUCUUCUUUGUGGGCGGGCCAUCUUGUCUGGCUAACAUCUCCACCAUCUAUUAUCUGUACUAGCCAAAGGGCCCGUGCGUUGCAACGGGAGAAAGA